UUGAGAUUAAACGGAUUAGAUGUACAACUAGUUGUCCUUGCGAAUGCAAUUCCCUGCCACCGACACCAGGUUCCAUCUUUACCGCGUAAAGUAACGAAACUCCAACUUCACCCAUUAAUGCAAUGCAACCAUAUUCUUCAAACAAAACAAAGUAUCUUCCAUUCUUUCUUCUUCUCUAAAAUCUCUAAAAUGGGUUCUCUCCCACAUUUGCCAAAUGGUGUUUCUCCCAAACAAAGCCUUAACGAUCUAAUUGACGAAACCACCCUCACUGAUCUCUUCAAAUCCCAACAAAACCAUCUCAACUUCUUCUUCGACCGAAUCGACCAUUCCCAAACCCUAUCAUUCACCCGCGCUCUCCUCAACACUACCGGCACCGUCUUCUUCACCGGCGUCGGCAAAUCCGGCUUCGUCGCUCACAAAAUCUCACAAACACUCGUCUCCCUCGGUAUCCGCUCCUCCUUCCUCUCCCCCGUCGACGCUCUUCACGGAGACAUCGGAAUUCUCUCCGAUAGCGAUGUACUCGUUCUUCUCAGCAAAUCCGGCGCCACGGAGGAGCUUCUGCGGCUUGUUCCAUGUGCUAGAGCGAAAGGCGCACGUUUAAUCGCUGUUACGUCUGUUGAAGGGAACGCGCUCUCGGCGGUGUGUGAUAUGACCGUGCAUUUGCCGUUGGAGAGAGAGUUAUGUCCUUUUAACCUUGCGCCGGUUACUUCUACGGCGAUUCAAAUGGUUUUUGGUGAUACUGUUGCUAUUGCGCUUAUGGCUGCACGGAAUCUUACCAAGGAUGAGUAUGCUGCUAAUCAUCCUGCCGGUAAAAUCGGCAAGAGCCUUAUCUUCAAGGUAAGAGAUGUGAUGAAGAAGGACGAGGAGCUUCCGAUUUGCAGAGAAUCAGAUUUGAUUAUGGAUCAGCUUGUGGAGCUGACAAGUAAAGGAUGUGGAUGUUUGCUUGUUAUAGAUGACAAUCGUCGUCUGAUUGGAACAUUUACCGAUGGUGAUCUGCGUCGUACACUCAAAGCUAGUGGUGAAGCCAUUUUCAAGCUUACUGUGGGUAAAAUGUGCAACAGGAAUCCGAGAACUAUUGGUCCAGAUGCUAUGGCAGUGGAUGCCAUGAAGAAGAUGGAAGCACCUCCAUCACCAGUUCAGUUUUUGCCUGUGAUAGAUGAUGACAAUGUUGUGAUUGGGAUUGUCACGUUGCAUGGCUUGGUUUCUGCUGGGUUGUAAUUAUUUCGGGUCAAUCUUAGAGCUUGUUUUACCAUUCGUUUAUUGAAUCAUUCUUUCCAGUUCAUGCUAUUAGCAUUUGAAUCCGCCUAUUCCGAGCUUGUUUUACCGUCAAUAGGAUUUUUUUCAUCUUAUUUUUGGUCCAAAAGGAUGCAAAUUAUUUUAUGCUAUGCCUGGCUUUGUUGUACUGGUUAUCCGUGUGUCUAUUAUUGAUGUACUUUCAGGAAGUAAGAUAUUGUUGUAACUGAAGAUUUGUAUAUUAUUAAUUUAUCCUUGUAUAUUGGUCUGAAUUGAAAUACUUUUCAAUUCUUUUUAACA